GGAGUAGGUCACACAGCCUAUUUCCUGUUUUCUAAGGGGGAACUCAGAUGCAGCGGCCUCGCUAGAGCCUAGAACAGAGGAGAGCUGAAGGGGACCAUGUGACACUCCUCCUGGCCCCCCCUGGACCCACACAGGAACCAGAGGCCUCAGCCUUGGAAUCAUGGCCAGUCCUGAGCACCCUGGAAGCCCUGGAUGGAUGGGACCCAUCACCCAGUGCGCGACAGGGACCGAGCAGGAAGCAGCAGCCACUGGCCCAGACCUCUCAUGUCCAGGACCCGAUGAACACUUAGGGAAGGAUUCUCAUCGUUCCCAAGAUCCUCAGAAGGGCUCACCGCCCAAGGGAGGUCGAAGACACACUGUUCGGUUUGCAGACACCCCCGGCGGCCCCAGCCCCAACUCCAGCAUGACCACCGGGGAGCUGCAGGAGUACUGGCGGAAGGAGAAGCGCGGCUGGAGGCGCGUCAAGCUGCUCUUUGAGGUCGCGUCGGCCCGCAUCGAGGAGAGAAAAGUCUCCAAGUUCGUGAUGUACCAAAUCGUCGUCAUCCAGACAGGGAGUUUUGACAGCAACAAAGCCGUGCUGGAGCGGCGCUAUUCAGACUUUGAGACGCUCCAGAAAAACCUCCUCAAGACGUUCAGGGAAGAGAUCGAGGAUGUCGUCUUCCCCAAGAAGCACCUGAUGGGCAACUUCACGGAGGAGAUGAUCUCCGAGCGCAAGUUGGCCUUCAAGGAGUACCUGAGCCUGCUCUACGCCAUCCGCUGUGUGCGGCGGUCCCGCGAGUUCAUCGAUUUCCUAACCCGGCCGGAGCUCAGGGAGGCCUUCGGCUGCCUGCGAGGCGGCCAGUACACCAGGGCCCUGGACAUCCUGGUGCGCGUGGUGCCCCUGCAGGAGAAGCUGACGGCCCACUGCCCCGUAAUGGUGGUCCCCGCCCUCUGUGCCAUGCUGGUGUGCCACCGUGACCUUGAACGCCCUGCUGAAGCCUUUGCGGUGGGUGAGAGGGCCCUCCAGUGCCUGCAAGCCCGGGAGGGCCAUCGCUACUACGCCCCCCUGCUGGAUGCCAUGAUCCGCCUGGCCUACACGCUGGGCAGAGACUUCAUUUCACUGCAGAAAAGGCUGCAGGAGAGCCAGCUCCGGAAGCCCACCCCCUGGGGCCUCACCCUGAAGGAACUCACCGUGCGGGAAUAUCUGUACUGAGCCCCUCUGGCAGGCGGGCUGGAGACUUGGGGUCACCGCUGCUCGGUGGGCGGUUUGGGGUUCACGUUUUAGUGGGCAGAGCCACGUUGGACCCUAGGUUGUUGGGUGACCUUGGACAAGUCCUUCCUCUGGCCCUCCGUUUCCCCAUCUCUGCUGAACAGAGGUCCCUCGGGGCAUCCUUGGAAGCCUCCGCUCGAGUCCUGUGUCCCUUCGAUGCCAGGUUCACCUCAUCUCAAAACCACGAACCCAGACGCCAAAAUGUCAGAGAGUGAGAUCCAUCUUUCUGGUGUUUUUGCAGGUGGCUGGAGGGGAGGUUGACAUUGCACGCCACGGACAGAGCUUAACCCAUCUCGUACAGACAGCUGUCUCCAGCUGUCCUCUCUUUCCUCUCUGCUCCUUCUCCCUUGACCUUGCCUGCAGAUAUCCCCACCGUUAUCCUAAAUAUUCCAGCUCUUCCCUCUUAGCGUGUAAACCUGACUCGCAAAACAAAGGCUCAUCCACUGCUCCUCAAGGCCAACUUUGUCCCUAAGAUGGGGUGUAUGGGACCCUUUGAAGGGCGGAGGGACCCUGGGCUAGAACAUAAUCAUGUCAUAAGAUUCUGUGAAACGAGGCAUUUUUAGGAAGGGAAGUUGCCCACGAUUCUCUGGUUAGGAUUAUGCAACUCAUUACCUGGUUGGGUUUUCAUUUAUGGGCAACUGGCCCCCAAACAGGCUCCCUGAGUUAUGUAGACACAGCCCUGAAGGGAGGUGGGGUGAUACACAGUGGGACCUCUGGGUAGGACACUGAUUGAAUGCUUAACACCUCCCCAUUGAGGAACAAUGUUCUUGGAACCUCUGUGCUGGAUGGGGAUGCCCUUGACCGAAGUCUGCUUUCAGGAAAGGACACCGAGAGCCCAGAGUGGAGGGGAGUCUGGACCCAUAACCCAGGCUCAACACUGGUCCUGAAGCUGAUGGUACAGGCUGGUUUGGGCCAAUGUGUGUUUGUGGCUAGAAGUCCCUGGAGACCUAAACCAUCUGCUUGAACUUAUCAGAGCAAAAUAAAGAGGCUGUAACUUGGACCCAUAAUGUGGGGCACCAGCCUGGCCUGUGCGAGGAUCUGGCUCAGCACAGGGAUCGACGGGCAUCCGCCAAGCUGCACCGGAACGUGUUCAACCGCGACACCGUGUGGCGGCAGUUGUAGCGGCCCGAUCAGGCUCUGGCCUCGAGGCUAGAAACAUCUGAUGAUACCUGGGGACAGAGAAAGCUUCAAGUCCCUCAAUUUACGCAGGGGGGACACUUUGAAUGGGAGAUGCCGGGCUUCUUGAAAAUCUGGGCGUGUGGGAAAUUACAGUGUUAAGUGGAAAUACAAAGGGCCGUGACUCUACUUGUCACGGUGAAGAAGACCGUA